GCGUGGCUUAAUCUGGUAUGUGUCACGUUAUCAGGAAGCGAAUCGUUCUACCUGCUGUUUACAGAGAGUGGAGGUCCGUGGGGGGAGAAACUGCCUGCUGUUCUGGACAGAAUGCCUGAUCCCAUGGCGAGGCCUUUAAUCCCAGGAGGAGAUGAAGACAGAGGCAUUCACCUGGAAGCCUCCGUGUCUGAUCCCAGCAAUCCGAUCAUCGGCAUCCUGGGUACGGGUGACUUCUCCCGCUCUCUGGCCAAGAGGCUGCUGGCUGCCGGCUACCAGGUGGUGGUGGGGAGCCGGACCCCCAAGUGCUUCGUGGCUCUGUUUCCCGAGGAGGUCGAGGUGACCACCCAGAUGAAGGCAGCGAGCCAGGCAGACCUGAUCUUUGUCGCGGUCUAUCCCGAGCACCACUCCACGCUGUUGUCUGUAAAACCAGUGCUGGCCGGCAAGACUUUGGUGGACGUCAGCAAUGGUCUACGCAUCAACCGAGACGGUCCCUCCAAUGCUGAGCUGCUGGCGGACUUCUUCCCUGAGAGUCACGUGGUCAAAGGGUUCAACACCAUAUCAGCCUGGACACUCCAGAUGGGACCUCGAGAUGGAAACAGGCAGGUUUUCCUGUGCAGCGACAGUCAAAAAGCAAAGGACUCGGUGAAGCAAGUCUGUCACCGAAUGGGUUUUGUCCCUGUGGAUAUGGGUCUCCUUUCUUCUUCUCUGGAGAUUGAAAACCGGCCUCUCUAUUUGUUUCCCUCCUGGCACAUCCCUGUUCUCUGCACCCUUUCCCUGUUCGCCUUUUUCUACUUAUACAACUUCACCCGCGACGUCUUGCAGCCCUUCAUUACGGCAGGAAGCAAAGCCUUCUACAAAAUGCCCAUUGACACCGUGAACCUCAGCCUCCCCUCUGUAGCCCUGGUGAUGUUGGCGCUGGUGUACCUGCCUGGUUUGUGCGCCUCUUUCCUCCAGCUUUGGCGGGGCACCAAGUACCAACGUUUCCCCGACUGGCUGGACCGCUGGCUGAUGGCGAGGAAGCAGUUCGGCCUCUGCAGCUUCCUGUGUGCAGUCCUUCAUGCCAUCUACAGCCUGAGUCUUCCAAUGAGGAAGUCUGACCACUUCAAACUGAUCAACCUGGCGUAUAAACAGGUGAAAAAUGGCGAGGAGUACACGUGGGUGGACGAGGACGUGUGGAGGAUGGAGCUGUAUCUGUCCGUGGGCAUCAUGGCCCUCGGGCUGCUGUCCCUGCUGGCCGUUACCUCGCUGCCUUCAGUGGCCAGCACCAUCAACUGGAGGGAGUUCAGCUUCAUACAGUCUUCGCUCGGUUACUGCGCCCUGAUAAUGGCCACCACCCACACCCUCCUCUACGGCUGGAACCGUGCCUUCGAUCCAUCCCAGUACCGCUUCUACCUGCCCCCCACCUUCAUCCUGGUUCUGAUCCUUCCCAUGUCGGUCCUGCUGGGCCGCCUGGCCCUCUUCCUGCCCUGCGUGGCCGGGCRCCUCAGGAGGAUCCGCCGCGGCUGGGAGACGAGCCGGCAGGUUCGCUUCACUCUGCCGGCCAACGACCGCUUCGGUGGGAUGGAGGACGUCAGCAACGUGUGAGGACCGCCGCUACGAGCCGCCGAACACGAGAUGCCUCCUGGUCCUAGUCCUAGUCCUAGUCCUGGUCCUCCUGCAGGUUUCAGAGGAUUCUCAAAGAAACAAGUACUUGAAGGAUGGCAGUCCUCCAGGACCAGACACUGCUGGUCUAACUGGUCUAAGUGAAGCUUUAACCCAAAACAGAAGAACACUUUUUGUUUAUAUUUAACACAUCUUUGUCAAAGAAAGAAUCCGAUCAGCUGGUUCAGCCAAACUAAAAAACUUAAAUAUUGCUGAAGAGUUCUUUUUCUCUGUGUUAGCAAAAUACCUCAUGAGCCACUGGAAGAAUUCUAAUAAAACCCCUGAAGUAGCCGUUGAGCAAACAGCUGGAGUCAGUAUUCAAAAUGGCCGCUGACAUUAAUUGACAACAGAAAAGCCAAACACAUGAAACUCAUGUCUUUCUUUAUGUGACUUUUCAGGUAUUUAAGAUAUUUGAACUCACAGCACUUAAAAGUCGACGCAUCAUUUUCUUUACAGUUUUAAUAUAAAUUUGUACGGUGGAAACGAGAGAAAAUGUUUUAUUUUAAAACUUCCUGUUCCUUUURUUUCCCCUCAUCUUUGUUGCCAAACUGUUCAAAAGCUUUAAAAACAUCGUUUUUGACAAACGGUCAAAGUUAAAGUUGCCAAAAACAAGCUGUUCAAAAAUAUAAUUUUAUAAACACAGUCAAA